AACACACAUACGCUGUUGGAUUAUGAUGAAUAGUUUGUUUAUAUGUAUAAUGCUGUAAGGGUACAACUAUUCAUCGCUAAAUUAUCUGUUAACAUAAUUAUCCAGAAACCCGGCGUUUGCUUUUGUCUUUGUAUCCUCUCCAAAAUGGGCCAGGGCAAAAGCCAAUUCACUGAGGAGGAGCUUCAAGAUUACGAGGACCUUACUUACUUUACGAAGAAGGAAGUGUUAUAUGCCCACACUCGGUUCAAAGCCCUAGCUCCAGAGAAAGUUGGCCACAACAAGAACGCCAAACUCCCGAUGGCCAAGAUACUCCAGUACCCAGAGCUCCGAGUCAACCCAUUCCGAGACCGGAUCUGCAAAGUGUUCAGCUCGAGCAGCGAUGGCGACUGCACAUUUGAGGACUUCUUGGAUAUGAUGUCAGUGUUCAGUGAUAAUGCCCCGAAGGCGGUGAAAGCUGAGCAUGCUUUUAGGAUUUUUGAUUUCGACGGCGACGACAUGAUAGGCGUCUCCGACCUUCGCGAAGUGAUCGAGCGACUCUGCGGCCCAGAACUACAGCUGGCCGACUCGGAGCUGCAACAGCUGGUGCAGAACGUUCUGGAAGAAGCAGACUUGGAUGACGAUGGCGCGCUCAGCUUUGCCGAGUUUGAGCAUAUUAUUGAUAAGAGCUCGGACUUCACUCAGACGUUCCGGAUACGACUGUAACGGAACAGCAACGAAAAAUGUCUUCCAAAAAAUGUUGUCAACUUAAACUAUUAUUACUACUUUAAGAAUAGUAAAAUACCUACCUAUUUGAGAAUAAUAGUCGCGUAAAAUAACAGUAUUAGAUGAACUGAAAAACACAAAUUAAAAUAUUUGAUAAAAAUAAUUCGAUUUGUCUCCGAAAUGAUGAGUAUUUGAUGAGUUAAUUGAAUGUGUUAUCUUAUGAAUAUUAUAACACUGCUUACGUACUAUUCCGACUAUACAAGUCUACAUGACAUUUUGAAUCUCAAACUAAUUAUAAGUAGUUUAUAAGGCAUUAUUGUAAGUCAGUAUAGUUAAAAAGUUAUGGUGUCUCAGGUGUCUGCAGUGACUGGGAAUGAAACAUAGUGUGAGAGU